AUGAGAGGGAGAGAGGUGGGAGUGACCGAGGAAACACACAGAGGAAACACGUAGAGCCACAACACAGCGCCACACUCCCCCGGCUGAGGCACAGCUGAGCUCUAGCUUUCUGGAGGAUCCUGCCCGCCGGAGCUCCAUUGUUUGCACGGAGGUGGGGUGGUGGUGGUGGUGGAGGGGGACUCGUUUCUGCGGUUUUCCGUGGGUUCCCCAUGCUCAGUUCAGGCAGAAUGGAGGAAUUUGUGACCGAAGAGGAAGAGCCAUGGUACGACCAGCAAGACCUGGAGCAGGACCUCCACUUGGCGGCAGAGUUGGGGAAGACUCUUCUGGAGAGGAACAAGGAGCUGGAGGACUCCCUGCAGCAGAUGUACAUCACUAAUGAAGAGCAAGUACAAGAGAUCGAGUACCUGUCUAAGCAGCUGGACGUUCUUCGGGACAUGAAUGAGCAGCAUGCCAAAGUGUACGAGCAGCUGGACGGGACUGCCAGAGAGCUGGAACGGACCAAUCACACACUGGUGAUGGACAGCAAGGCCUCGCAUCAGAAGAUAGAGAGGCUCACAGGAACCAUCGAGACUUUGCAGAACCAGGUGGAGUCUCUCUCAGGGCAGGUGGAGCAGCUCCGCUCCAUGGAGCAGCUCCGAGUCAGAAGGGAGAAGAGAGAGCGACGUAAGACCAUCCACUCCUUCCCUUGUCUGAGGGAGCUUUGCACAGCACCCAGGUAUGAGGAUGAGUUUGUAGUGGGCAGGGCGGAGAGUUUUUCUGUGGAUGUGAAACCUCAACCAUGCGAAGAGGAGAACCAGCAUCUGAGGGUGGCGGUGUCGGCUCUGCGAGCGGCUGUCCGGACUGAGAGGGGGCGUCGAGAGGGCGUGGAGAGGGAGUGCAACCUCCUACUGGCAGAGUUCUCCCGGCUGCAGACUCGAGUCCAGGAUGCUGAGAGCUGCCAGGGGAGGGUGCGGGAGCUGGAGGUGGAGCUCCAAGAGCUGCAGCAGCUGCGUCGCGCUCGGACGUUCCUGCUGGGCAGCGAGGAUGAUGGCGUAGGUCUUACUCAGACUGUCCUCAACAGUACCCCGGAGACGGACACCUUCCUGGAGGUGGAGGUAGGGGAAACUGGAGGAGGCGUUCGGGAGGAGACAGAGGGCGGAGGAGGUGUUGGAGGACAGGCUCUCCCUGAGUCCAGCCCCGUGAGGAAAAGUUGCAGUGACACAGCACUCAACGCCAUUGUGGCCCGCGAUGCGUCCGGCCGCAGGAGAGGCAGCUACGCUCUUCACGCCAACAGUGUGAGGAAGAGGGGGAUGUCUAUCCUCAGAGAGGUGGACGAGCAGUAUCACGCUUUACUGGAGAAGUAUGAGGAGUUGUUGGGGAAGUGCAGGCGCCAUGAGGAGAGCCUGUGUCAUGCCGGUGUCCAGACUUCCAGACCCGUCUCCAGAGACCCGUCCAUGAAAGACUGUGCCAUGGGCCCCACCCCGGCACCUCCCUCUACCCCUACGCAGUCGCCUUCAACCCCUGAAGCCAUCGAGAGCAUCAGCAAGCAGGUGGAGGCGGUGGAUAAGCGGCUGGGACAGAACACUCCAGAAUACAAGGCCCUUUUUAAAGAGAUCUUCUCUCGUAUCCAGAAGACCAAGAUGGACAUCAAAGCUACCAAAAGUGCUAAGGCAAGCAAGUCAGGCAAAUCUGGCAAAUCUAGUAAACAGUAAUGGUAUACCGGUUUGGAAAGGUGUUCUUAUCACAGAGUGAAGUGCUAAGAUUUGAGAAGAGAGGCCUUUUAUAAGGGGUAGAAUUUGACGUAAUUGACUCAAAGAUUUUUCGGUUUUAUAAGUCUGUUUAGUAGAGGUGACCUAAUUCAAGAUACUCUUAGAGUAACAGUCUCUGUUAGCGUUCCAAGUCUCCUUAUACACCCAUGGAGUAAUACUACCCCCCCCCCAGGUUAGUAUACUGUUUCUGAUUCCAUUAAGAAGGUCACUCUGACUUCACAAACAACAGACCGAUUCUGUGACUGACAGAUGAUUAAUGCCACACUGCGACACUGCUUAGAUCUCUGCAAGGCGAUGUCACCUGAAGUCCAAAAACACACCUUUAAAUUCUGUUCAUCAGUAUAAGAGCCGCCAAAGAAGCAAAACUGACAUCUUUAAACUCUAACUCAAGUUUAAAAAUACAUAAAAUUCUGAUAAAUUCUGAAUACAUUAUUGCGGGAAAAACUUGCGGAAUUCAUUCUUCAAAUACGAAGUAAAUGGACUGGUUGAGAACUAGUGACCCCCCCCCCACACACAGUAACCAGAGUAACAACAGUAAAAGCAAUAUGCUUCUCAUGAGCCUCAAGUGCACUAAGCUUCACACAAAAAUACACCAGAGAAUGACCCUCUGAUGAACACACGAGUGCAGAACUAAAUUGAAUAUUAAGAUAAAGUUUAUUAUAAUGGACUCUACUAACAUGUAUAAUUAGAGUAAGCUUAAUGUGAUCCUCUCAGGCCACAUUGCUGCCUUCCUCAAGAAUUAUCUGGAGGUGCCUAUUACAUAUAAUAUUAUAGAGAUUAAUGCAGUGCUAAAAUUUAAUAAGACUGUAAUCUACAUGUCUACUCUUUUGCUGCGGUGUCUAUGUAUGACCUUACUACUGCUUUUUAAAAAUGUUUGCUGUGCCUCACCCUGUAAUCUAGAGAUUUAGAGAAAUGUAAUUUCUUCCUCACUGAUAAUUAGAUGAUCUUGUCUGAAUGCUAAAUAUGAAGCUACAAUCAGUAGCCAGCAGCAUUGAAAGUGGAGAGGUUGAGACAGCUAGCCUAGCAUUGUUGUCAAUGACAAGUUGUGGGUUUUCUGGUGGUUUACACCAAUGUAUUUAUUGACAGGAAGCAGAAAGCACAAGCUGUUUUUAUUGGUGAGCUUUAGAGGCUGAUGUUGUUAGGCUUUGAAAAAUAAGCAAUGCAGUGCUGUUACUCCAUGUUUUCACUCGUUAGCUUAGCAAACUAACCCACAACUGGCUGUUUUCGCUAACAGACAUGAAGAUGGUAUCAUUGCUGUCAACUUCCCGCAAGAAAAUAAAUUAGCAUUUUUUCAAAGUGUUGAAGCAGUGAUGAAAAAAAAACUUUAAGACAUUAUUUUUCAAUGCUUUUGGGGGUGCUAGUAAAAAAAAGGCAUGCUAACUGUAAAACUUGAGGAAGUGUAGCCUGACUAGAAACUGAAUUUAAAUGUAUAAAAUAGAUACCUUCUCCCUACACUGUGUUAAAGUAAUGAAGUAUAUCUUCAACUGGACUACUUCAGCCCAUGUGGGCAGCAGUAACGUUGCUAACUGAGAUGCCAGAGGCCUUUAUUUAUAAUAGUGAGUGACAUCAACAUUAGCUUUAGGCUAGGUAGUUAAAUCUGUGUUUGAUUGUGUAACAGUGAAGCUCCUACUAGUGCUAAAUAAGGCUGCUGUCUUGCAAAAGACAAUCUCUGGAGAUUGUUAUGUUCACUAUUUCCUGGGCAUUAUGAACACUCAUCAUACAAAAUAUAAACAUCCUGAAGUGAACUGUGUAAUAAAGGUUCAGACCAGAUAAAGCAGACAUGUUUAGUUGUCGGAGAAAUAGACGA